CUGUAUUACCCGUGCACCGCACUUGUAAACAUUUACCGAAAACAGCUGUGUUUACUCUGUUAAAGUAACAGGGCGCAACCAACAGCCCAGCUAAACAAAGAGCUGCAGUUGCAAGGAUACUAGUGACGUUACCGAAGACCUGGACUAAGAACUCUCCUGAAAAGAGAACAAUGCGACGCAAUGCGCGCCAGCAGCAUCAUAACCUGGAGGACAUAAACCCCGAAGAUGUAGAGGACAUCUUUGCCCGUCCCGCCUACGAUGACGACGAGUUCGAUGAUCUUCUCCCGCUGGCCAGAAGGCCGAAUGGCCACGCUCGUCUGGGACGGUACGAGAACACGCUUGAGGUGAAGGUUCAGGAGGGCGACACGCUGCAGGCACUGGCUCUGCGAUUCCACUCCUCCGUGGCGGAUAUCAAGCGGCUGAACAAGAUCGACCGCGAGAACGAAAUCCACGCGCACCGCGUUAUUCGCAUCCCGGUUACCGUGCACAAUGUCCUGCUGGGCAACGGGGGCCUCGAAGCACUGCCCGCCGUUCACCGGAGCGGGAACAACAGUCCAAGGCACAACCUCGAACGGGAACCAGCUCCGGAACGCAAUCCCCUCGAGGAUGCGCGCCAAAUGCUGGACGAACGACUGCUGGUGGCGGCUGUAAACGCUUCAGGUGUCGCGGAUCCCGACCAGCCAUCGACUAGCAGAGCAGCCAGGCAGUUCUACGAGGGAGCCCAGGGAGCGCCCAAUGACGAAGCUAAUAUGGAGCAGCCCUUCGAGGAAAACGCUGCACUGCUGUUGGACAGGCAUACUCCGCUGGUGCGUCCCAUUCCUGGACCAUCCUUGAGUGCCAUCGACUGGUCUGGAUCGGACUGCGACCUGUCCUGGAUCUGUCUACUGAUUUUUAUACUCGCCCUGUGCGUCGUUAUACCGCUGGUUUACGUCAUCUACUUGGCAGAGCAUCCGCAUCACAAUCACAGCGCCCAGUAGUACAGACGACUCUCAUGGUUAAGGCAUGCAUCCGAAGAGAUCAUCAUUCCAAAUGUGUCGGCCACUCCUCACCUCUCACUCUCUGCAGAUCAGCCUUGGGCAUUUAAAAUGCAGCCACAGGCUACGGAAUUUAUUUUUAUAUCUGAACGUUAACUUUAUAUUGACUCUUGUCGAAAAAAUUAUAUCUUUUUGUACUGUACUUUUUUAAACAACUACAUUUUGGGUGCUUCCAAGUUGCAUAGAAUCGCAUUCACUAUGCUAAACAUCACUCCUUACAAACUGAAUUUAAUGUCCUGAGAACCGAUUGUGUUGUGAAUAUUCGUAGCCCCCGCAAGUUUUGCUUCACUGUAUGUUUUAUUGAGUACAAUUAUAUAACAUUUAAACUAGUACGGGUCAAGUGUAACAUUAUUAAGCUGAAAUGAAAAUCAGUUUCUCUUAGGCCUAGAAAGUACAUACAUAAUACAUAUCUUAGAGAUAAAUAAAUAGUAUCCAUGGAUAUAAGAAUUAUGUAAUAGUAAAUACAGACUAAAAUUAACAAUGGCGCAUAUCGAGUGCCAAUUGAAGUUAA